GAACAUUUAUUUAUAGUUUGCACUAAGAAUAUCGAAAAAAAUUAAAGUGCAUAAGAUUUUUCCCCAUAAAAAAUGAAAUUUAGUUAAAUUAAUUCUUCACAAGCGAUUGCAAGCAAUAAUAGCGAGAGCUAAAUCAAAUCUUUUCAUUCUAAAUAGAAUUCUCCUAGAACCUUCUAGAGGAAAUCGACGCAAUAUCAGAGUUAAAAGUUAGAAUAAAAGAGAAGUAAUUCAAAGGAAUUGGUAGAAGAAAGAUCGCAAGAAGAUAUCUUCUAAACAUAAGUUAACAUAUAAAAUUAAUUGAAAAACAAUGAUCUGAUGCAAAUUAGCGAAACAUUUCGUUAAUUCUUAGAAAAUAAAAAAUCAGUAUCAUAAAUGAUGGGCUAAUUAUAGCUCAAGUCAGCGUUAGGAUCAAGUACCACAAACAGUAGAAAAAUGAAGCAUCUUUCAUAUUAGAGUUCUCCAAAUGGGAGUCCUUUGUUUAAAAGCAAGUAAAUCCUAGUUGCAAAAAGUAAUUCAUCAGUAAAAAUGAAGUUGGAGUAGUUAAGUAGAGAAAAUAGUAUGAAUGUUAACGAUAUUGUAAAUAACAACAAUAAUAAUUCCUUUACUUACGCUAAAGAUAAUUCCCUUCUAGCCCAAUAAUUGAGAUCUAAAACUCCAAAUGACGCUAAGCACAGAUUUAAUAAGAGGCAACCUAACAUCAGCUUGUACAACAUAAUAAAAAGUCAUCAAAUAAAGCAGACCGAAUAGAGAUUCAAGAAUGCAAAACAAAAUGGAUAAAACAGUUUUGGAAUAGAAAAUUUAGUAAAUGAAAACACUGAAAACCAGCAAAUAUUUAAAAAAUAUAUGAGUGAGUUAAAAGCCGCCUUGAAUUAGGAAAGAUAAACCAGAUAAAAGAAAGAGGAGUAGGAAGGUUUAUAAAAAGACUUUCCUUAAAAUCAAAGAGAUUUGUAUAGUGUUAGCAAUGACAUUUAUAACUUUUACAAAGAGUUUGAUAUCAGGACUGAAAGAGUUCUCUUUUUUAAUAAAUCUAUUUUGAAUGAUAUGAUGAAUUAAAAUAUUUCUGAUAAAAAUAGUAUACUAAACAUUCACUAGAUUGAAUAAAAUCUUGAAAGGCUAAAAAAAAAUUUUUUAAGUAUUGUCUAAAAUGGGUUACUAGAAAUUAAUUAAAAGCUGACCAUAGCAAUAGCUGAUAUCUUGAGAUGCUAUAACUUAAUUGUAGAUAAAUUAUGCGCUGAUAUUAUUACAAUACAAGAAUAAUAAAAAGAAAAUAUCCAUGUUAAGCACGUUUAAAAUCUAGAAGAGGAAAUUAUUAGAUUGAGAAUUAAACUAAAUGACUAAAAAAAAAAUACUGAAAUACUUCAGUAGGAUAUUGAGACUAAGCAAAAAUAUUUCUCAAGUAAGAUAAAACAUUAAUCUAUUUUGAAUUAAUCUUUGAUAAAAGAGCUAAAUGAUUCAGAAACACAAUUGUAGAAAAGUCUUGAGCAAACUCAAAUACCUACAAACAGCAACAAUACAAAUAAAGAUGAAAGAUAAAAUAUAGUUUUAUUGAAUGAUGAGAACUUAUAAAAUAUAAAUUAAAAAUAAUCAUCUUAAACAUAAAAACCAUAAAUUGAUUUAUUAAAUAUUGAGAAUGUUGAUAAAAUCAGUUUGGUAGAAAGGAAUUUAUGCAUUGAAAAAUCUUUGAAGCCUUAGCUAAACUAUGAGGAAGAAGAGGUCAAAACAAGAAAAACUAGUUCUUCAUCUAUUUCUUAAUAGCAAUAAGAUAAAAAUGUUUUAACUACUUAAUUUUUGAUGCACAUAAAGCCAACCACAACGAGAAGAUAUUCAUUUGUUAAAUAAGAAUCAAUAAGUUAGACUUAAAAGUUGAGUUUCAAAACUCUUUUGUAAUUACCUUUUUGGAAAGGAAUUGACACCUUGCAAAUGCAGCCUGAUAUGAAUAAAUAGGAUUCGCUUGAGUUGAGGGAAAUAGAAAAAUAUAUAGAGUAUAUCAUAAACAAGAAUUAGAAUAAAUUUGAAAAGCAACUUUUCAAUAACUUCCAGCCAAACUUUAUUCAAAAAAUAAUUAUUGCUCUUUCGUAAAAUAGCUAAAUCAUAGGUCCUUAAAAAAAAUAUUACAAAAUUAUUGAAAUAGUAUAAAAAAUGAGAAAUUAUUUUUAGAGAGAACAAGUCAAUUUAAAAUAAAUGAAUUUAAACACUUAGAUUUUCCAUCUAUUCUGCUAAAUAACACCUUACGAAAAAGCUCUAUAAAACUUACAGCAGCUAACUCUUAUGAAAAAUGUUAACUUUUACCAAAAGUUAUUACAAAAUGACCCAAAGUCUCUUCAUUUGAUAAAUAAAAUAUGGUUUAAACUUCAUAAAAAAAUAGAAAAAUAUACACAUGAAAAUAUAAACUCUCUGUAUAGUGAUUAUAUAAGUAUUCAAACUGUUCACAUAUGGAUAGAUAAAUUAAUGAAAAGAAAAUCCUAACCAAUACAUUUGCUUGUAUUUACCAACUUGCUUAGCUUUUGUGAAAUAAGAAAAAUAAAUGGUUUUCUAAAUGAAGAUUAAAAAUUUGAAUUUUUAUUUUGUUACUAUCUUAGCUACAGAGAAUAUAAAAGAUAAAGUGUGUUAGAAUAGGCUAUUGCAGAUUUUAUAAGAAAUGAUGAUAAUUACAAAAAUGAUGAAGUUUUUUAAAAAAGAAAUGGAGAAAAAUAAGAAUUAAAUAAUUUUAAUUUAAUGUAAUCUUGUGGCAAGUAACUAGUUGAUAAAAUGCAGUAAUAUGUUGAUUUGGAUUCUCUUAUUAAAAUUAUUUAAAACGAUUAUCUAAAUAAAGACUACUGUAUUUUAAAUAAAAAUAAUUUAUCUUCUUACUAUGAUCGCUUGACAUAAAAUCAAGAAAUUCGUAUAACUACACAAAAUAUUAUUUCAAAGCUUACUUUUUAUACAUCUUCAAUUGCUGAAUAUAGAGUGCACAAAUAUGAUGCAGUUUCCCUAAUAACUUAUUUCAUUAUGUAUGAAUUAGAUGAAGCAUAUAAUUUUAUUUAAGAUGUAAAAAUGUUAUUUUUUUCAAAGAAUUUUUAUUAAAAAAUGUAAUUAAAAUAUAAUACCAGGAUUACAAAGAAUCCGGAAGAGAAUAUGAAAUAUCAUUUAAGGUAAAAGAUAAUAAGUACUUCAAUAAUAUAAAUCAAAGCGAAAUGGAGCUUUCUAUAUUCUUUAACUAACUCAGUCUAUAGUUUUAAUAGUAUAAUAUCGAAGAAAAAACAGGAAUUACUGCUGAAAGCUAUAUGUUCAAUUAUGGAAACGGAAUAUUUUUAAAUGAGUAUAUAAAAAAUAUUAAUUAGCACUAAUUUAUUGAUAGCUUUCCAUAUUUGCUUGAAAAAAAUAGAAGUAUUUAAUUUAAUUUAAAUUUAAUUAAAUGUAAACUACUUUUUUUUUUACAAUAGGUCCUCCAAAAGAAAAUUAAACUACAAAUAAGAAAGAACACAUAUUUAAUAGUAAAAGUUUUAACCUUAACAAGUCUUAAAAAUAAAAGCUUACAACUUAGCAAAACAAAAGUGUAUAUAUUCAGUGAAUAGUAAACUUAUCUAUUUAUAAAAUGUAAUUUAUGUUUUGUACAUUAGAUAUUUAUUUUUCACUAAUCAAAAAUAAUUAAAUAAAAAUAAAAUAAAAUCCUUCAAUAAAUAAUUCAAUCUCACAAAGAUUAUAUUUGACACUAUCUUUUUUUCCUGA